AUGAAGAACCUUUCAAACGACAGUGGGUUUUAUGUGAUGAGAUACAUGCAGUUCUAUGACCCCAAGAGAGCAGUUAUGACAAGAAACAUCCAGCAAGAGAAUCCUGGUGACCUUCGGUGUGAGGUGCUUAGCUACCUGUUGUUUCACAAGUGCAACACUGCAGAGCUGCCGGCUGAUCUCGAGGCUCUUUUCCGCGCGCGGCUCCCGGCGCCCGCGGCCGCGCGGCGGGCCCCGUCGUGCGCGUGCUCGCCCACCACGCACCCGGGCUCCUUCCGCUGCGCCCUGCACCGGGGGCACGCCGCCCCGGCGCCCGUGUCGAGCCGGCUGAGCGCGCCGCGGCGCGCGUCGAUGGCGAACCCGCUGGUGCGCAUCGCGGCGGUGGAGGGCGGGGACCAGAUCAGGCGCGCGCUCGCGUCCCUCGUCCGCCCGCCGCCGUCCUCGCAGCAGCAGCAGCAGCGCCGCCGCGCCGGCGCCUUCCGCCCGCGGCCCAGCCGCCUCUCCGCCGGGUCCUCGGCGGCCGACCACGACGACGAACCAUCGCCCAUCGCCUCGCCCUGAAGAGUGAAACCUGAAGCUGCAUCCUCGCGGCGAUGAUUUUGUUGCCCCACUCCAUCCGCGUGUCGAUUCAUUUCAUUCAAUUCGUUUCUUCCUCCUCCCCUCUCCGUCCGGCCCGCCGCCCUGUCCUCGCCGUAGCCGGCCGGCGGCGUCUCGCAGAGUCUUCUCCUAUCUCAUCCAUCUCGAGAUGGACCUGCUUGUAACUGUACAUUAAUUACCGCACGGACGCCAUCGAUGCGCCAGUUUUGCCACAUGGAAUUUACUGAUGCACGCACGCACGCCAUUGAUAGCAUCCGAGUUCAA